AUGUUACAUGACAAUUUAAUAACUGAAAACUUUUUGCAUCAUGUUCAAAAAGAACAAAGUGUAAGUCCACCAACAUCGAGCUCUCCAUCAGCCAAAAUAAAUUUAUAUGAUUCAUUUCAUUAUAAACAAAUGCAAAAUCAAUUAUUGUAUCAACGAAACCAACAGCAGCAACAACUACAAAAUCAUUACCAACAUCAGCAAAGUCAACAGGAAGAUGAAAGAGUUUUAGAUUUAUCAAGAAGAAAUGAUUUUCAAACAACGCAUAUAUUAUCUCCAAUAAAUAAUGAACGCAAAUUUUCAUCACCACCUAGCACAACAGAGGUAAAUAGAAAAUCAGAAUCACCAAUUCAACGUCCAGAAAUUUCAGCAUCACUUCUAGCUGAAAAUUUACAAAAAUUUUAUAAUCAACAACAUUUAUUAAAAGUAAAUUCAGUAUCAAAUCAAACAAAUAUUUUACAUUUUCCACAACCAAUUGAUAAUUUGUUUACACAAAAUGACCUUUCAUUAAAAAAUACUGCAUAUCCAUCACCACAACAGAAAUUAGGAAGUUCUAAUAUGUUAUCAAAUAUUUCGCCAAAAUCUGGUUUAAAAUCUGAUUUAACUGAUACUGAUAGAUUAUCUGAUACAAGUAGUGUUCCAGGCUCUCCAUCAUCAUCAACUUCAAUUAUAUAUCCGAAAUUACUAAAUCCUGCCGUUAUACAAAAUUCAAAUAAUGAUUUAACUUCGAUUAAUAAACCAACAAGACCAUUUAAAGCAUUUCCUAGAGAUCCACUUGUAAUUGCAGCUAAUUUUGCAGCAACUGAUGUCCUUUAUGAUAAUCCAAGAGUUGAACGUUACACAGAAUAUCGUAAACGUGUUUUAGAACAAAUAAGAUCAGCAAACGGUGGUGAAAGAACUAUUUCUAAUCCUAAAAUGAGACGUUUGAAUACAAGAAAUAAUUUUAAUAAUAAUAACAGUACAAAUAUAAGUAGUGAUGGCUCAUACAGUGAUAGUCAAGUUAAUAAUAGUGAAAAUGAAGAACGAGCUAAUGAUUCGUCAAGUGAUAAUGAUACAAUGGUUCAAAGUACAACUAAUUUUGAAAUUAAUUCAGAUAAUAGUAAUCAUAAUAACAGUAGUACGAAAAAAAUCAAUAUUAAGAGUUCUAAUAUAAAAAAUAAAGAUCUAAAUGAAAAUCCAAAUAAUUUAUUAAAUAAUAAUGGAAUUAUAAAAGAUGCCGCCUAUUAUGAAAGAAGGCGGAAAAAUAAUGCUGCUGCAAAAAAAUCGCGUGAUCGAAGACGUAUUAAAGAGGAUGAAAUCGCUAUUAGAGCAGCAUAUCUAGAGCGCCAAAAUAUUGAAUUAUUAUGUCAACUAGACGCCUUAAAAGCACAAUUAGCAGCUCUUACAAAAGCUCAGACAUCAUGA